ACUUCGCUCUCGUACACGGCUCAUCGAGCCAGCGCCAUGGCGGGAGCGUCCGUCCCAAUUCGACCAUUCUUCCUCCUCCUCCUCCUCCUCCUCGCCUCCAUCUCCGCCGUCAGUUCCUCUGACGGCUCAGGCCCCCUCCUCCGAGUGCUCUCUGACCUCGGCCUAACCACCCGGGGGCUCGACCACCCUUGUCGCCACCCUGGCGUCACGUGCGAGGCCGGCGCCGCCGCCGUCCGCGUCUCGCUCCCCUCCCACCGCCUCACUGGCUCCCUCUCAGCCGCAGUCGGUAACCUUCCCUCCCUCCGCCAGCUUGAUCUUCCCAACAACGGCCUCGCUGGCUCCCUCCCCCGCGAGCUCGCCCUGUGCCGCGCCCUCCGCGUCCUCGACCUCCACCGCAACCGCAUCUCCGGUUGCGUCCCCCGCGAGAUCUCCGCACUCGCCGACCUCCGCGUCCUCGACCUUUCCGACAACCGCCUCUCCGGCGACCUCUCCUUCCUCGCUCUCCUCCCUAACCUCGAGCGCCUCUCCCUGUCCAACAACCUCUUCUCUGGCCGCGUUCCCCUGUCCCUCUCUGCCUCCAAGAAGCUUCGCUUCCUCGACCUCUCCGGCAACGUCGGCCUCUUCCAUGGCGAUCUCCCUUCUCGUCCGGCUUCUCGUCUCGCUCUCCGCCGGAGUCUUAUCCCGAAGCGAUAUGUUUUAGCCGAGACCACCACCCCAGGGAAUCAGAACUCCACCCGUGCCAAGAAUUCAACCAUCAGCACACCAGCUCCCGCUCCAUCCUCAUCGUCGACAAACUCUUCCUCGUCGGGACACCACCGCCACCACAGUCGCAAGCGCCUCGUGAGGAACUGGAUCGUGGGGUUCAUCACGGGCUCGAUCACGGGCAUCCUCUCCGGGGCCAUCCUCUCCCUGCUCUUCCGGCUGUUGUUGAACUACAUCCGCGGGAGGUACAAGAACCCUGGCGGCCCUUCCAUCUUCAGCUCCAAGCACAUCAGGAGCGCCGAGGAUCUGGCCUUCCUGGAAAAAGACGACGGGCUCGCCGCCCUGGAGAUCAUCGGCCGGGGCGGGUGCGGCGAGGUCUACAAGGCCCAGCUACCCGCUGACCCCAAGAAGCCGGACCAGCCGGGCACGGUCAUCGCCAUCAAGAAGAUCAUAAAGCACAAUCCCAACGGCGGCGAGCCGACCUCCGACGAGGAGAGCCGGCAGCUGGACAAGUGGAUGCGCCAGAUCCGAUCGGAAAUCCAGACCGUGGGCCACAUCCGCCACCGCAACCUGCUGCCGUUGCUGGCCCACAUGAUCCGCCCCGACUGCCACUACCUCAUCUACGAGUACAUGAAGAACGGCAGCCUCGAGGGGGUGCUCCGCCAGGUGCGCGACGGCGAGCGGGAGCUCGACUGGCUGACGAGGUACCGGGUGGCGCUCGGCGUCGCUGCCGGCCUCGAAUACCUCCACGUCCACCACAAGCCCCAGAUCAUCCACCGCGAUCUCAAGCCGGCCAACAUACUGCUGGACGACGACAUGGAGGCGCGGAUCGCGGACUUCGGGCUGGCCAAGGAGAUGCCGGACGCCAACACCCACAUCACCGCCUCCAAGGUGGCAGGGACGCUGGGCUACAUCUCGCCGGAGUACGGGCAGACGCUGCGGUUCACGGCCAAGUGCGACAUAUACAGCUUCGGGGUGAUCCUGGCGGUGCUGGUGGUGGGGAGAAUGCCGUCCGACAACUUCUUCCAGGACACCGAUGAGAUCAGCCUGGUGCGGUGGCUGAGGAACGUGAUGAACACGGGGAACCCGGUGGCGGCCGCCGUGGAUCCCAAACUGCUGGGGAACGGGUACGAGGAGCAGAUGCUGCUGGUGCUACGGAUCGCCAUCUUCUGCACCAUGGACGACCCCAAGGUGCGGCCAGACAGCAAGGAGGUGAGGACGAUGCUGGCGCAGAUCCAACACUAACAGCCAAAGCCGUGCAGUAAAUUGCCAGUUAUGUUGUCGUGAAGUCUCAGUUGUUUGCAUGCAUGCAGAUCAUGUAUCUUUAUCCACGUAAAUUUUAGAAAGAAACACUAUCACCAUCUGAUAUGAGGUGAAAAUUCCUGAUA